AUGCACCUUAACAAAUAUUGCCCCCCCUCUCUUUUUUCUUCUCACAGCCAUAUAAUAAAUGAAUUGAUAGAAACCGAACGUGCUUAUGUUGAGGAACUUCAGAGCAUAAUCAAGGGCUAUGCCUCAGAAAUGGACAACCCUGAUUUAAUUCACUUGAUCCCAGCUGUAGUUUUGAACAAGAAAGAAGUUCUUUUUGGAAACCUCUCAGAAAUCUAUGAAUUUCAUAACAGAAUCUUCCUCAAAGAGCUGGAAAACUGCAUAGAAAAACCUGAGCUUCUGGGUCGAUGCUUUUUAAAAAGAAAAGAAGAUCUCCAGAUCUAUGAAAAAUAUUGCCAAAACAAGCCUAAGUCAGAAGCUCUUUGGAGGCAGUGUGGAGACAGCCCUUUUUUCCAGGAGUGUCAGAGGAAAUUAGAUCAUAAACUUUCCCUUGAUGCUUAUCUUUUGAAACCAGUCCAGAGGAUUACCAAAUAUCAGUUGCUUCUGAAGGAAAUGAUCAAAUGCAGCAAGAAUUCCGAAGGCACUGCUGAACUUGAAGAAGCUCUCGCAACAGUUCUUGAUAUCAUCAAGUCGGCGAACGAUUCCAUGCACCAAAUAGCAAUUACAGGCUAUGAGGGAGAUGUGGCUGAGCUGGGUAAAUUGCUCCUGCAGGGCUCCUUCAAUAUCUGGACCGAUCACAAAAAGGGACACAACAAAGUGAAAGACUUGGCCAGGUUCAAGCCGAUGCAGAGGCAUCUCUUCUUAUAUGCCAAAAUCCUACUUUUUUGCAAGAAACGGGAAGAGAACACAGAUGCUCACGAGAAGUCUCCUUCCUACAGCUUUAAAAAUUCCUUGAAGAUGAGCACUGUUGGUAUUACUGAAAAUGUCAAAGGUGAUCAUAAGAAAUUUGAGAUCUGGUACAAUGGCAGAGAAGAGGUCUAUAUUAUUCAGGCAGCAUCUAUGGAACUGAAGACCACAUGGGUGUCAGAGAUCAGGAAAGUCCUAACAGGACAACUGGAAGCUUGCAGAGGCCAUUCCCGCUAG